GACGUCACUUCCGCCCGGCGGAGCUGAAGCGCCUUCUCUUCUUCUUUCCCUUCUUCCUUUCCUUGGCCCCGCUUCCCGGAAGCUUCGAUGGGUCCUCGCCUGCGGGUAAGGGGUGAGACGUGGGGCCGCUGAGCGGACCUUGGUGAAUAACUGCCCGAGUUCCGCUGCCCAGCCGCGCGAGUUGCUAGAACCAGGAAGACUGCUGUCAUCUGGUGCCAAGAUGUCAGGAAUUGGAAAUAAAAGAGCGGCUGGAGAGUCUGGCACAUCCAUGCCUCCGGAGAAGAAGACAGCUGUUGAAGAUUCAGGGACCACAGUGGAGACGAUUAAGCUCGGGGGUGUCUCUUCAACGGAGGAGCUAGACAUUCGUACACUGCAAACCAAAAAUCGCAAGCUGGCAGAAAUGCUGGAUCAGCGUCAGACCAUUGAAGAUGAACUCCGUGAGCACAUCGAAAAAUUGGAACGAAGACAGGCCACCGAUGAUGCCUCACUGCUGAUUGUCAACCGGUACUGGAGUCAGUUCGAUGAAAACAUCCGUAUCAUCCUUAAACGCUACGAUCUGGAGCAGGGCUUGGGAGAUCUCCUCACGGAGAGAAAAGCCCUUGUCGUGCCGGAACCAGAACCGGACUCUGAUAGCAAUCAGGAGCGGAAAGAUGACCGAGACAGAGGGGAAGGGCAAGAGCCAGCUUUCUCUUUCCUUGCUACUCUGGCCAGCAGUUCCAGCGAGGAAAUGGAAUCUCAGCUGCAGGAGCGUGUGGAGUCCUCCCGCCGAGCUGUGUCCCAGAUUGUGACGGUCUAUGAUAAAUUACAAGAAAAAGUGGAGCUCUUAUCACGGAAGCUGAACAGUGGAGAUAAUCUGAUCGUGGAGGAGGCAGUGCAGGAGCUGAAUUCCUUCCUUGCCCAGGAGAACAUGAGGCUACAGGAACUGACAGACCUCCUUCAGGAGAAGCAUCGCACCAUGUCUCAGGAGUUCUCUAAGUUGCAGAGUAAAGUGGAGACAGCUGAGUCACGAGUGUCUGUCCUUGAGUCCAUGAUCGAUGACCUGCAGUGGGAUAUUGACAAAAUUCGAAAGAGGGAACAGCGACUCAACCGCCACUUAGCAGAAGUUCUAGAGCGGGUGAAUUCGAAAGGCUAUAAGGUAUACGGAGCAGGGAGCAGUCUCUAUGGCGGCACGAUCACUAUCAAUGCCCGGAAGUUUGAGGAGAUGAAUGCAGAGCUUGAGGAGAACAAAGAGCUGGCCCAGAACCGCCACUGCGAGCUGGAGAAACUCCGGCAAGACCUGGAGGAGGUCACCACCCAAAAUGAGAAGCUGAAGGUAGAACUGCGGAGUGCGGUGGAGGAGGCGGUUAAGGAGACCCCAGAGUACCGCUGUAUGCAGUCGCAGUUCUCCGUCCUGUACAACGAGAGUCUGCAGUUGAAAGCGCAUUUGGAUGAGGCUCGGACGCUGCUUCAUGGCACCAGGGGGACCCACCAGCGCCAAGUUGAGCUCAUUGAGAGAGAUGAGGUUAGUCUUCAUAAGAAGCUGCGGACCGAAGUAAUCCAGCUGGAAGAUACGCUGGCCCAGGUCCGCAAGGAGUACGAGAUGCUGAGGAUAGAAUUUGAGCAGACGCUGGCCGCCAAUGAACAAGCAGGCCCCAUCAACCGGGAGAUGCGUCACCUCAUCAGCAGCCUCCAGAAUCACAACCACCAGCUGAAAGGCGAGGUCCUGAGGUACAAGCGGAAACUGAGAGAAGCCCAGUCUGACCUGAACAAGACACGUCUGCGCAGCGGCACUGCCCUCCUGCAGUCUCAGUCCAGUACUGAGGACCCGAAGGACGAGCCCGCGGAGCUGAAGCAAGAUUCCGAGGACUUAGCUGCCCAGUCCUCCGCAGCAAAGGCAUCUCAGGAGGAAGCCAGUGAAAUCAAGUCCAAACGGGAUGAGGAAGAACGAGAACGAGAAAGGAGGGAGAAAGAGAGGGAGAGAGAAAGAGAGCGGGAGAAGGAAAAGGAGAGGGAACGAGAGAAGCAGAAACUGAAAGAGUCAGAGAAGGAAAGAGACUCUGCUAAGGAUAAAGAGAAGGGGAAACAUGAUGAUGGGAGGAAAAAGGAGGCAGAAGUUAUCAAACAAUUGAAGAUUGAACUGAAGAAGGCACAAGAGAGCCAAAAGGAGAUGAAACUAUUGCUAGAUAUGUACCGCUCUGCCCCGAAGGAACAGAGAGACAAAGUUCAGCUGAUGGCAGCUGAGAAGAAGUCUAAGGCAGAGUUGGAAGAUCUAAGGCAAAGACUCAAGGAUCUAGAGGAAAAGGAGAAAAAGGAGAACAAGAAAAUGGCUGAUGAGGAUGCCUUGAGGAAGAUCCGGGCCGUUGAGGAGCAGAUAGAGUACCUGCAGAAGAAGCUGGCCAUGGCCAAGCAGGAGGAAGAGGCUCUCCUCUCAGAGAUGGAUGUUACAGGCCAGGCCUUUGAAGACAUGCAGGAGCAGAAUAUCCGUUUAAUGCAGCAGUUGCGGGAGAAGGAUGAUGCAAAUUUCAAGCUCAUGUCUGAGCGUAUCAAGUCCAAUCAGAUCCACAAGCUACUUAAAGAAGAGAAGGAGGAGUUGGCUGACCAGGUUUUGACUCUAAAGACUCAGGUUGAUGCCCAGUUACAGGUAGUAAGGAAAUUGGAAGAGAAGGAACAUCUGUUACAAAGCAACAUUGGCACGGGGGAGAAGGAGCUGGGUCUUAGGACUCAAGCCUUAGAGAUGAAUAAACGCAAGGCGAUGGAGGCAGCCCAGCUGGCAGAUGACCUCAAAGCGCAACUGGAGUUGGCUCAGAAGAAGCUCCAUGAUUUUCAGGAUGAGAUCGUGGAGAACAGUGUCACCAAAGAAAAGGACAUGUUCAAUUUCAAAAGAGCCCAGGAGGACAUCUCUCGACUUCGAAGGAAGCUGGAGACCACAAAGAAACCAGACAAUGUGCCCAAAUGUGAUGAGAUCCUGAUGGAGGAGAUUAAGGAUUACAAGGCACGCCUGACCUGUCCAUGUUGCAACAUGCGUAAAAAGGAUGCUGUGCUGACCAAGUGUUUCCAUGUUUUCUGCUUUGAGUGUGUGAAGACACGCUAUGACACCCGUCAGCGCAAAUGUCCCAAGUGUAACGCCGCGUUUGGUGCUAAUGAUUUCCAUCGCAUCUACAUUGGUUGAGCCAAGCCAAGAGAAGAAGAGGGAAUGGCUAGACAGGCACUUCUUCAUUAACCACCAAACCUCUACCUCUUCUCUCCUUGACUGUCACCUAAGGGCAGUUUGUCUGUCAACGACCUUUCCUUCAUAGACUUUACGUCCAGGUUCUCCUCUCUAAUAGCUAGAUGACUUCAGGGAAAAGGACUGGUAAAGGCAAGUCUUGGGUUUUGGAAUGAAUUAGAAACAAACAACCCUCAUUUGUCUUCCCCACCAGCUUCUUUCUUUCCUGCUUUUAGAUUUCUCAGCAUUUUCUUCUUCAGGCUUACUAUAUAAUUUUGGAUUUCCAUUCCUCCUGAAGAAAUAAAUUGAUAUUUUCGACACAGAGAAGGGAACAGAGAAGAGUGGAGACAUAUGGCUAUUUUGCGGGGUGAGGGGGAUCUUUUAGAAAUAAGCUCUCUGUGGGCACAAAUAUUUCUUGAUUUGUGUAGUAAACUUUUUGUAAAGUUGGAUUAUAAAAUGGUAUAAUUGUGCUAUUUUUUCCUGGAUAGUUUGAAGCCUUAAUGAAAUUACAUCCAGGAUGAUUCAGUCCAUUUCCUAUUCACUAACAAAGUAACUUGUUAAGGUCAGCUGGGUUCCAUGUUAAAGUUAUUUAAGUUUUGAAAUGUCCUACUCAUUAAAAAAUCUUACUUCUUGAGGCCAGAAUACUUUCAAAUUCAUUAGCCCUUUUUAUCUUACAAUGAAAUCAAGCUUGGAGAGGAUGGGGAACAGGACUGAGAUGAAGAAGAGAUCUUCUGGGUACUCUGGAAACUUAAUACAGGGAGGCCUUAGUGAGCUAUGAAUUACUCUCAUCUGCCUCUCCACAGGGAUUGCUGUGAUCCCUUUUUUCUGGAAGAUUCUCUGUAAUAUUUCUGUAGGACUUUAUACUCCCCAAGCUUCAAUUAAAGCAGGAUUUGGUUUGCUUUA